CCACUGGGGAUAAGACUUAUGCUUUGUGAAAGCUAUGGUCUAGAGGCUAAGUAAAAGCUAUUUGGAUUGGAAUCAGCUUUUGCCUUCAGGAAAUUAGAGGUAUGGUAUAAAAGUGCUGUGCUGUAUUGACAAAUGCCUUAGAGGCCCAUUGUGUCACUGCUUCUGGUGGACAGCUCUCUAAGGUAGUACUAGGGAGGGUGGGUAAGAAAAUAAUAUUUUGUGACCUGAUUCUUGGGUUAACAUUUUCCCCUUGCCCACUGCUUUUUGGCGACCUUGGGUAUAUCAGGGAAAUUGAUUGCUGCUUUUUCGGAUAAGAAGAUUGAAGUAGGAAAUGGUGGUCCUGUUACAGAAGUAUUUGAAUACCUGAUAUCUUCAUUUGAGGCUUAGCUAUGAAUUUGGAAUACUGGAUGCUGAUUCAGUUGUCUCUGAGCUUGGGCAUUUGACAUUGUCAAAGACGUUUAUUUAAAGUGAUUUCUAGAAGUGGUUUUCUACUUUGGAAAUUAAGUGUAGGUUAUCUAAAGUAUUUGUUGGCCCUGCUGUUUUGUUUUAUUUCUUUUCUUCUCAAUUUUGGACUAUAAGAAACUCAAUAUGCUUCACAAGCAAAUCCAGAAUUUAAAAUUUUUUAUCAUUGAGCUGAAAUAUUUUCCAAAGUCUAUGUAUAGCAUAGCACUCUUUAACUUUUCUUUGAUAGAAUGAUCUUGUCAAUAAUGGUGGUUGUGAACCUAGCCUGUGCUGAAGAUUGUUGGACAGAGAACAACUCAGCUAACUCUGCCCUAAGGAGUGGCAGUUAUUUGCCUCUGAUAAUGUAGUUAUCUGGAAUGGAGAAGGUUCCCAGCUAAACUUGAAUCAGACAAUUGAAAGCCAGUUAAAAAUGAUCCUCUGAGGCCUUUUGGAACUCUUCUCUGUAUGUGCUGUCUGUCUGCUCUCUCAGAUGAACACUACUCAAAUAGACUGCAGUGACUUCAAGUUCCCGACCUUUGAGUUGAGCAAUUUUUUUUCCAGAAAGCUAAAUAAGAAUGAAGAUUUUUGCUUGUUUCUUUGAUUUCCUUCACUGCCUUUUCAUUUGAGGUCCACAAAGUUAGACUCUUAAAGCUAGUAAAGAAACCUUGACCAACCAUCUCUUUACAAGUCAUUCUGCGUAUACACAAUUAUAUGAACUCUGAGAGCUGUGCAGAAGUUUUUGUAAGUUCCUGGAAUCUUUUCAUUUUCACCUGCAAAUGCAUAAUUGUUUAGGGAAAUUGUUUGCAAAAUGGGUAUCUAUAACCAGUUGCUUGAGAUCUUGGAGCCCUGCCAGGUAAAGUUUAACAUUUUUCUACUUUUUAAAGUUUCCCUAUGACCCAGUGAUUUCAGGAUGAAUCAAAAUGGUGGCAGGGAUGAGAAGAGUCGGCAUCCAAGGCUUUCAUUAUAUUCUCUUUCAUAUAAUUUCCAAAUGAUAAGAAAAAUGCACCUCAUAUACAUUAGGCAUGCCCUAAUAACUGUUAAGAAAUAAAGUAUCUUUACUCUUUGUCAGUUACCACGUAAUUCCAUCUCAGGUAUUAUAGGAUAGGGAAAUCAGCCAGAGAAGGCUUCAUAGAGAUGGCCCUUGAGCUGAUCCUGUAAGAAAUGAGUAGGAUUUCAAGAACAGAGGGAGAAUGUUAGGUACAGGCAGGGGCUGGAUUCUGUCUCAUUUUGGAGAAGAUAGUGAGAAGUGAAGAUCUCUGGAACAAGAGCCUCAAAAGCAAUCAGAGGAACUUCAUUUUAUGUGAGCUCCAAGGGCUUAAAACUGUGGCUUGUUUUCUAAAUUGAAGUGGGCUUGUCAGUAGUCACAAACAAGUGUCUUAUUUUUAUUUCAGGUGAAAUGGAGUAGCAGCUCUGGAUGUUAUAUAUAUGUGCAAGUGUAUUUUGGCACCUGAUCCCCACACUCAUUUAGCUGCUCUUCUGUGUGACAGCUCAGAAUGAUGGAUCAAGCCAGAUCAGCAUUCUCUAACUUGUUUGGUGGAGAACCGCUGUCAUAUACCCGGUUUAGUCUGGCUCGGCAAGUGGAUGGCGAUAAUAGUCACGUGGAGAUGAAACUAGCUGCCGAUGAAGAAGAAAAUGUUGACAAUAACACGAUGGGUAACCACACCAGUGUCACAAAACCAAGAAGGUUAAAUGGAUAUAUCUGCUAUGGGACUACUGCUAUAAUCAUCUUUUUCUUGAUUGGAUUUAUGAUUGGCUACUUGGGCUAUUGUAGACGUGCAGAAACAAAAGCCCAAUGUGAGAGACCAGCAGGAACAGAGUCUCCGUGCACAGAGGGUACAGAAUCUUUUGAGCCAGAAGAGCACCUUCCUGAAACACCUCGUCUAUUUUGGGCAGACCUCAAAUCAAUGUUGUCAGAGAGACUGGAUACCACAGACUUCAUCGGUACCCUCAGGAUGCUGAAUGGAAAUUCUUACGUCCCUCGUGAGGCUGGAUCUCAAAAAGAUGAAAGUCUUGCAUUUUUCAUUGAAAAUCAGUUCCGUGAAUUUAAACUCAGCAAAGUCUGGCAUGAUGAACAUUUUGUUAAAAUUCAGGUCAAAGACAGCAAUGCUCAAAACUCGGUGAUCAUAGUGGAUUCAAGCAGUGGCAGCUUGAUACACUCGGUGGAGAAUCCUGAGGGUUACGUGGCGUAUAGUAAGACUACGACAGUUACUGGUAAACUGGUCCAUGCUAAUUUUGGCACUGAAAAAGACUUUGAGGAUUUAAACACGCCUGUGAAUGGAUCUUUAGUGAUUGUUAGAGCAGGGAAAAUCACUUUUGCUGAAAAGGUUGCAAAUGCUGAACGUUUCAGUGCAAUUGGUGUCUUGAUAUACAUGGACCAGACUAAAUUUCCUGUUGUUAAUGCAAAUCUUCCAGUUUUUGGACAUGCUCAUCGGGGAACAGGUGACCCUUACACACCUGGAUUCCCUUCUUUCAAUCACACUCAGUUUCCACCAUCCCAGUCAUCAGGAUUGCCUAACAUACCUGUCCAAACAAUUUCCAGAGCCGGUGCAGAAAAGCUAUUUGAAAAUAUGGAAGGAGACUGUCCUUCCAGUUGGAGAACAGACUCUUCAUGUAAGCUGGAAUCCUCAGAGAAUAAGAGUGUGAAGCUCACUGUGAACAAUGUACUGAAAGAGAUAAGGAUUUUUAACGUCUUUGGAGUUAUUAAGGGCUUUGAAGAACCAGAUCGCUAUGUUGUCAUAGGGGCCCAGAGGGAUGCCUGGGGUCCUGGAGCUGCUAAGUCCGGUGUAGGAACAGGUCUUCUGUUGAAACUUGCCCAGAUACUUUCUGAUAUGGUCUUAAAAGGUCAGUUUAAACCCAGCAGAAGCAUUGUCUUUGCCAGCUGGAGUGCUGGAGACUUUGGAGCUAUUGGUGCCACUGAAUGGCUAGAGGGAUACCUUUCCUCGUUGCAUUUAAAAGCUUUCACUUACAUUAAUUUGGACAAAGCUGUUCUUGGUACCAACAACUUCAGGGUUUCUGCCAGCCCGUUGUUGUAUUCGCUUAUCGAGAAAACGAUGCAAGAUGUGAAAAAUCCAGUUACCGGACUGUCUCUAUAUCGGGACAGCAACUGGAUCAACAAAGUCGAGAAACUUUCUUUUGAUAAUGCUGCUUUCCCUUUCCUUGCAUAUUCUGGAAUCCCAGCAGUUUCUUUCUGUUUUUGUGAGAACACAGAUUACCCUUAUUUGGGUACUACCAUGGAUACCUAUGAGGUCCUGAAUCAAGAGGUUCCUCAGCUGAACAAAAUGUUACGUGCAGCAGCAGAAGUAGCCGGUCAGCUUGUGAUUAAACUUAUCCAUGAUGUUGAGCUGAACCUGAACUAUGAGAUGUAUAACGACAAAAUACUUUCAUUUGUGAAGGAUAUGAGCCAAUUCAGAACAGACAUAAAGGAGAUGGGUCUGAGUCUACAGUGGCUGUAUUCUGCUCGUGGAGACUUUUUCCGGGCUACGUCCAGACUAACAACAGAUUAUAAGAACGCUGAGAGAACAAACAGAUUUGUUAUGAGGGAAAUCAAUGACCGUAUCAUGAAAGUGGAGUAUCACUUCCUCUCACCUUACGUAUCUCCAAGAGAGUCUCCUUUCCGACAUAUCUUUUGGGGUUUUGGCUUUCACACUGCAUCAGCUUUACUAGAACACUUGAAGCUGCGUCGGAAAAAUAACAGUGCUUUUAAUCAAACACUGUUGAAAAACCAGUUGGCUCUAGCAACUUGGACUAUUCAGGGAGCUGCAAAUGCCCUCUCUGGUGACAUUUGGGACAUUGACAAUGAUCUUUAAAUGUGAUACCCAUAACUUAUCUAAGAACAUCAGGGUAAUGUUGUUUGUAGACUUGUGCUGGUUGUGCUAAAUUUUCAGUAGGGCUACAAAACCCAAUGUUGUUAAAAUUCUACAUGAUCAUCUUGGUACUACUAGAUGUCUUUAGGCAGCAACUUUUAAUACAGGAUAGGUACCUGCACUUCAAGUUAAACUGAAUAACCACUUAAAAUCUUUCCUGUUAUAGUUAUGAAAAAGUCGGAACCAGUUACAUGAACUAUUGCUCUAAAUCCUAAGGAUGUGAACUGGUAUCUGUUUGAAUUGGAGGAGGAAGGUGACAUCUGCUAAAGGUGAAAAGUGGUAGCUUAGUGUGAUCCUCCAUUUUCAUUUGAUGCUAAUUAGGAGAUUCUGGGUUGUAAGGCUUUACUCCAAGUGAGAUCUGUCUCCUUUAAGGAUUUAGCUGGUUUCCACAUCCCUGAGUGAAACAAUUCAGUUUCAGAAGAGAUGAAACUUGUUUUCCUGCCAGUGAUGUGUGAAAUAGAGGUCCUUCAACUGUGUAAAAUGAGGUUCAACUGUUUAUUACAGGAGUAAGGCCUUAAUGUGUUAAGAUUCUUAAUGAAAAGAGGAUACCAGAAGCCAAAGACCUAGUAUAUUUUCUUUUCUUCUGUCCCCUGUCCCAUAAGCCUUUGUAAGUUUUUUGUUGUUUUUUGUUUUUUCAAGGUAUUUUGAAAGAGAACCAGUUUUAGGUGUUUAAUUUCAUACUCAGUUUGUCAGACUUUAAAGAACACACUGCCAAAUUCUGGCCAAAGUGUUAAUUUUUUGGAAAAGCUUCCUGUCAUUUUGGCACUGAGAUAUUUAUUGUUUAUUUAUCAGUGACAGAGUUCACUAUAAAUGGUGUUUUUUUUUUUAUAGAAGAUAAUUAUCGGAAGCAGUGCCUUCCAUAAUUAUGACAGUUAUACUGUCGUUUUUUUUUAAAUAAAAGCAGCAUCUGCUAGUAAAACCCAACAGAUACUGGAAGUUUUGCAUAUAUGGUCAACACCUGAGGGUGUUAGAAAACAACUGCAAGCAAAAUAAAAUUUAUAAAGCUAAAUCUUAGAGAAGAAUUAAAUUUAAUCAGUGGUUGCUAAUCAAGUUAGACGUCUAUCUAGCCAACCAGAUUAGGCAGUUCUCCGAAAUGCAAUGAAUUGUGACCAAGUUAUAAAUUAAUGUCACUUAAAGGCUGUGAUUGUACUCAUAUGUGCAAAAUUUUACAGCUCAGUUUAUCUAAGGUGUAACUUUAAUUCGAUUUUGCAAAAUUUCCAGUACCUUUGUCACAAACCUAACUCACAUUAUCGGGAGCAGUGUCUUCCAUAAUGUAUAAAGAACAAGGUAGUUUUUGCCUACCACAGUGUCUAUAUCGGAGACAGUGAUCUCCAUAUGUUACACUAAGGGUGUACGUAAUUAUCGGGAACAGUGUUUCCCAUAAUUGUCUUCAUGCAAUGACAUCUUCAAAGCUUGAAGAUCGUUAGUAUCUAACAUGUAUUCCCAGCUCUCUAUAAUUCUCUAUCUUUUAGUUUUAGUGGCAGAAAAUUUUGUGGUCAUGAAGCAUAUUUGGUGGAUAACUUCAACCACUGGAAAAUUACUUCCUUCAACAUUCUUUGUUUUUAAACCUAAUAUUUUGUUGUAUUUGUGGUUUCCCCAGGUCGUCUGUUUAGUGGGAUAAUAGCAUACAUUUAUAAUGUUUGCUGUUGUCAAAUGAAUUGAACUUUAUCCCUUAUUUGCAUGUUAUCUCCUAUAAACUUAAUUCAUACAAGUUUGAAUCCAGAAUUGACCUUUUAGCUUAAAGCAGGGGAAAUUUCUAUGGGAGUUUGGGGGGAGGGGAGAGUGAAGGGUGUGAGGAGGCAAAGCUUGCAAAAGGAUCUUUGAUCAUGUCUCCCUAACCGUUAGCAUUUGGUGGUUAUAAGUUAUAUGUAGAUGUGAACAAGUAAGUUUGAGGCUUCAUCAGGUAGGGCUUUAUUUUCUAGUCAGCCAUUGUUAUAAACCUGAUAAUCAAAGGUUUUAUUGUGGGGCAGUUUACUACUGUCACCUAAGAGAAAGUCCCAUAGGGUCUCUUAAGGUUCUUAAACUUAGCGUCUCUUAUGUAAACUAAAAUAGAUCUAGAUUAUUACAGCCUCGCUGAUUCAUUUCGCUACUCAGUCUGUUUUAGUCUUCACAGAGUUUCUCUUGAACUGAUACUUUAGUGUAGGUAAGUGAAAAGGUCAUAGCUGGGACUCCUGGUUUGGGCAUCAUGCUUUAUCAUACUUUACUGAAAGCUCAGUGACUUCAAGGCAGAAUAUGAAUGGGUAUACAUUUUACAGCAGUAAAUCUCUUCUGGAAAAUCUUUCUGUGGUAAGGAUCAGGUUAUUUCCAAUCAAACAAGUAAGUGGCAAGGGGCUUAAUAUUCCUGAAUGAAAUAUAUAUCUGACUGGUGACAACCUGCUGGUCUUCAGAAUUUUUUUUGGUUUCAGAUGUCAUGUGCAUUUUGAAGGUAAAGAAUAAAAUGAGUGAGCUUUGUCAUGAGUCACCUAUUCUAGAACUUGCAUGACCUUUACUGUGUUUCCUCUUUGCAUGUUCUUGAAAUUUUAGUUGGCUAAAGAUGGCUUAUUAGACUUGGCAACUUAUCACUCAGCUGUAUAUUUGUAAAUGAGUGAUAUGCCCUUAUAAUUGUAUACAAGCUGCUAUGUGCAACAAUGUGGAGAUUAUCUGAUUUAAUAAAAUGCUUGAACACUGA